GACGGCCUGUGGUUGGGCGGUACAGGAGUUGGUGCCCCACUCUGAAGGUUCCCCGGCGUCCGGAGAGCUGAGCUGUUUCAGAGCGCCGGCAACUUCCCUCAAGUCCAGCCAGGUAACCAUUCCAUGGUCUGAAUUGGGAAUGAGAUCUUCUGGAAUCUCAGAACAGAAAGCUUUUUGUUCAAUAUGGAAGACAAAAGACGACGAGCCCGAGUGCAGGGAGCCUGGGCUGCUCCUGCCAAGAGCCAGGCUACUGCCCAGCCAGCUACUGCUGCUCGGAGCCAUCUUUCCCAAACACCGGGGCAGGCCUGGAAGAACAAGGAACAGCAGCUGCCUGACAGAGAGUUUGUGUUCCAAGAACCUCAGCUGGUUGUACGUACAGCCCCAGAACCCAGAGUGAUUGACAGGGAAGGUGUGUAUGAAAUCAGCCUGUCCCCCACAGGUGUGUCUAGGGUGCGUUUAUAUCCUGGCUUUGUGGACUUGAAGGAAGCUGACUGGAUAUUGGAGCGCCUUUGUCGGGAUGUCCCCUGGAAACAGAGGAUGGGCAUCAGAGAGGAUAUAACUUAUCCGCAACCAAGACUUACAGCAUGGUAUGGAGAGCUUCCUUACACUUACUCAAGAAUCACUAUGGAACCAAAUCCUCACUGGCAUCCCGUGCUCUGUACUCUGAAGAGCCGCAUUGAGGAGAACACUGGCCACACCUUCAACUCCUUGCUGUGCAAUCUGUACCGGAACGAGAAGGACAGCGUGGACUGGCACAGUGACGAUGAGCCCUCACUGGGGAGCUGCCCCGUCAUUGCGUCACUUAGUUUUGGUGCCACUCGGACUUUUGAGAUGAGGAAGAAACCCCCACCUACGCUGCGGUCUUGUUUAGAGACAGAGUCCUCGGCUUUAAAGAGAUAAAACUAAGAUAUUGGCAGGGGAAAUGGAAUGACAGCUUGGCGUUUGCUGAGCAGUUCGUCGUGAGGGGCCCGGGACACCGGAUGCAGAGAACAGCGCUGGCCGGGACUCAGGUAAUUGCUGGAACUGGUGGGUGUUCUUUUAGUUUAUUUUCUUCUGUUCAUGUGGACAUUUGUCAUAAUAAAAAGCCUGAAUAGAAAGAAUCAAACAGAAGUUUUCAGACAAUCUCUUUAUACUCAAAGAUAUUCUAAGGGAACCUUAGUCUGAAGGAACAUUAUCCUAGGUGGAAGAUCAGAAAAAGCAAAAGGAAUGGUGAGCUGGGCAUGGUGGCACCCUAGAGGAGGAGGCAGAAAGGUCAGGAGUUCAAGGUCAUCCUCCGCUACCUAGUGAGUUUGAGGUCAGCUUGAGCUACAGGAGACCCUUGUCUUGAAAAACAAAAAACAAUCAAAGAAAAGGAGGUGAAGAAAAUGUAAAUCCGACUGAACACCGGUUAUGUAAAAUCAUCGUAAACCACCUCUGAACUCUUAGAAUUGUAGCACGAGCAAGCAAACGCCCUGUAACUGGGGAAUUGACAAAAUGGAGUUUAAAUGGCUUGGGGUCCUUGUGUGGCCUAGCGUAGAAUUAGGUAUUGAGUUGCACUAGGCUCUGGCAAGUUUUGGAUUCAUAACACAGCUUCCAGGGUAACAAUUUCAAGAAUACCCUAAGUACAUAUGAGUCCAGUGCUAACUAUGGGGAAGAAAAAAGGGAGGUAUGACUAGAGAUGAGUCACAGUUAAGAGCACCUGCAGCUCUUUCAGAGGACCUGGUUCAGUUCCCAGCACCCACGUGGCAGCUCACAAUGCUCUGUUACUCCAGCUCCCAAGAAUCUGAUGCCCUUUUCUGGUCUCCGUGGCACCAGACACACAUAUGGCAUACAUACACGCAGGCAUGCACACACACAUACACAUAAACUAGAAAGAAAUUGGGAAGAAUGGAAGGAUACACCUUUCCCUGCCAUCAACAGCAAAAAAUAAAAAUAAAAAUAAUAUAAACAAAACAUAUAAUGGAUAGACUAAGCAGAAAACACAAAUAAGGUGGUAGAUUUGAACCCGACUAUGUGGGUAAAUUCAAUCAAAACCAAUAGACUAAUUAAUUAAAAAGUAAAUAUGGUCAAACUAGAUUUCAAAUAUCAAACUGUGUGCUAUUUACAUGAGGUGAAUUUAAAAUGUAAAGUCACUUUGAAAAAUUAAAAGCUUAGUGCAUGCAAAUACUAAACAAUAAAAUAAUAGGGCAGUGAUAUUAGUAUUAAACAAAGCAGAUUCAAGACAGAAACAUGGAUAGAAAUAAGAGGGUUAUGGAAAAAUACUAAACAUUAAAAUUUUAAAAUUACAUUUAUGUAUGUGGGGGAAUGUUGUGGAUGAGGGUGUACCAGAGAACAUGUGUGGGACAGCUUGUGGGAGGUGGUCCUCUUCUUCUACAGUGUGGGUCCCAGGAACUGAAGUCAGGUCACUAUGGCAGACCUGACAGUAGGUACUCUUAACCUGCUGAACCAUCUCCCCAGCUCCCAAAGCUUGCUAAACAUGUUGACUGCUGUGAGAGUCUGUGUGCUGCUUCUCCCUGGGGGGGGGGGGGUGGGCUGGGGAGACAGAGGCUGUGCUCAGGAGAGCCAGGUGGCCUGAUGGCUGCCAGCCUGGUUGAUCUCUUUGCUAGAUAGCAGUGAUCUGGUUUUGCUUCCAAGCUACUGGAUACAGGAUAAGCUAUGCCUUUGCUUUCUGGUCUCUCCCAUGCCACAUUUCAUCAUGAGGAGGUUUGUUGUCUCAAUGAGUGAAAGGUAAGAGUGUUGUUACCUGGACAGCUGACAUCAGAGCAUAAGCCCUCAGUCAUGUUAGCUCUGUGUUCACAAAUUACCUAGCCAUAGAUAAGUCACGUUACGUGUGUUAACUCCCUCAGUCCUCCUAGUGACCCUGUGAGGUAGAUUUUAUUUUUUGUCCCCAUUUUAAGAACUGAAAAUCAGGACAAAAGCAAGUGGAGGAACUAGUUCAACGUCAGAGAACCAGAGAGGGGAUAGGCAAGAUUGGAGCCCAAGCCUUGCCGCUGUGCUGACAAUUUAUAUCUCUGAGUAAAUCUCUAGUAUCAGCAUAUGGAAAAAAUCAUACUGAAGAGCAGUCAGCUUGGAAAGGCAGAGGUGAUACGGGGAGAAAGUGGAGACAUCUUCAUACAAGAUACGAGUAUUUACUAAACUUGCAACAACGUUUAAACAUUGCCGAGUAGGGGGCCAAGAUGAGACCCUAGAAACAGAUAUGCACAAGUGUGGGUUGGAUAGACAGAUAUUGUAGUGGGGGAUGGGGAUGGAGAGUAAGUAUACUGUGUCCUGUUGGGAAGAAGUGUCUAUCCAGAUGGGAAAUCACAAAUACAAGUUGCUACCUACUAUCACAUUUGGUUAUGUACUCCAGGCAGAUUUAAAACCUUUGAGGGGCUUGGGAGCUGGCUUGAAGUUUAAAACACUCGCCACACAAGUGUGAGACUGGUCACAUCCACAGAAACCCGUGUGACUGUUGGAUGAUAUGAUGAUCUGUCUGUAAUUCCAGCCACAGAAGGUGGAAACAGGGACAGGGAUCCUCAGAGAAAGCUGGCUAGCAAGACUAGUCACAUGGAUGAGCUCUGGGUUUGACUGAGAGACCCUGCCUCAAUAAGUAAGUUGGAAGAGCAAUGGGAGAUGAUUCCUGACAUCCACCUUGGGCUUCCACAUUCACACAUUUGCACCCACACACAUGCAAAACCUGCACACACACACACACACACACACACACACACACACACACACACACACACACACAAGCAUGUGAACUCCAUACACUGAAAAUGGAAAAAGGAAAAAGAAAACUUUUGCAGGAGGUAACACAGGAUAUCUUUAUAUCUUGACUCUUGCAUUACACUGCAGUACAAUCAAUCAAGAAGCCUCUCUAUUUGACAGAGACAUCAAAUACCAGAUAACAAGAUGCACGGCCUAUGCAAAGAAAUAUUGGGAACUUGCAAAUCAUGUCCAGAAUGACUAAGGCUAUCUCUCAACCCGAAAGAAACAUGGAUAAGGGAUUUGAACAGUUUAAAGAAGGUCCCAAUGCAGGGCCGGGGUGUCG